AUGCAUGUCCAACCAGCACAGAACCGCAGACUCUCUGUCCAGCUGGCACCUACAGCCCAGGUGGACUCCGGCCACUCUUGUGUUGACCAGGGUAACCCUCCUGUCCCCUGUGGUCCUGGGCAGUACAGCCCCGGGGGGAGGAAGUAUUGUGCUCAGUGUGGGGUGGGGCAGGUGAAGGAGACCCCAGGGGCUGGCAGCUGUGAGGCCUGUCCCCCAGGGUAUCAAUGUCCCACUGCUGCUACCAAGGAGCUAUGCCCAAGUGGUCACUACUCCCCAGGGGGUCUAACCACCUGUGUCCCAUGUCCAGCUGGUCACUCCUGUCCCGUAGCAGGCAGCAGCGCCCCCUCUGAGUGUCCAGUGGGAUCAUACGCGGCCGCCAUGAGCAGUACCUGUACCCCCUGUCCAGUUGGUCACUACUGCCCGAACACCACCAUGGUCCAGCCCGUCCAGUGUCCGGAGGGACAUUAUCAAGUGGACACUGAGGGGGUGAACUGUACAGAGUGUCCACCAGGUCACAAAUGCCCCAGUAUCUACUCCCCACCUCAGUCCUGCUCUACUGGUCAGUACCAGAACCAGACAGGAAUGUCCAGCUGUCUCCAGUGUCCACAGGGUCACUACCAGACAGACACAGGGGGUGUAAGUUGUACUGAAUGUCCACUAGGUCACAGGUGUCCAAGCACAGACACCGUACCAAUUCCCUGCACCAGCGGUCAGUUCACCAACCAGACAGGGAUGACCAGCUGUCAGUCAUGUCCAGCAGGUUACCAAUGUCCAGACGGCUCCUCUCUGUCCACUAUAUGCCCACCUGGUCAUUACUCCAACCCUGGCAGCAACAGUUGUACCAUAUGUCCUACUGGUCACUACUGUCCAGAUGUGGGAAUGGUCCAGCCUCUACAGUGUCCAGAUGGUUAUUACCAGGCGUCCACUGGGAGUACAAAUUGUACAGAGUGUUCCAUAGGCCACAAAUGCCCCAGUAAGUACGACCCCCCAGUACCCUGCUCCAGUGGUCAGUACCAGAACCAUACAGGAAUGUCCAGCUGUCUCCCCUGUCCAGCAGGCUACCAGUGUCCAGAGGGGGAACAAUUGUCAACUGUAUGUCUGCCUGGACAUUUCUCACACCCUGGUAGCUCUAACUGCACCAUAUGUCCCCUGGGUCACUACUGUCCAGAAGAGGGUAUGGUGCAGCCUGUUCAAUGUCCGGCUGGUCAGUACCAGAUGACCAGUGGUAGUACCAGUUGCUUGGAAUGUCCAGUAGGUCACAAGUGCCCCUCCUUGAACUCCCCUCCAGUCCCUUGUCUCUCUGGUCAGUACCAGAACCAGACCGGGAUGUCCACCUGUCUCCCCUGCCCAGGUGGUCACCAGUGUCCAGUGGGGACGGACCCGCCCUUCACAUGUCCAGUUGGUCACUCUGCCGAGAUGGGGAGCACCAGUUGUACCAUAUGUCCCCUUGGUCACUAUUGUCCAGAUGAAGGCCUGGUCCAGCCUCUUCAAUGUCCAGAGGGUCAUUUUCAGAUGUCCACUGGGGGCAUUAAUUGUAGUGUUUGCCCUAGAGACCACAAGUGUCCAGACAUCACCUCUCCCCCUGAACCCUGCCCCACGGGACAGUACCAGAACUUGACCGGGAUGGCCGUCUGUCUGCCGUGUCCCGGUGGCCAUGAGUGUCCUAUAGGGGGCAGCUCUCUCAUCCCGUGCCAACCUGGAUACUACUCGGACACUGGUCACUGCACAAUCUGUCCUACUGGUCACUUCUGUCCAGACACGGGGAUGUUUCAGCCUGUCCAGUGUCCAGCUGGUCACUAUCAGAUGUCCACAGGGGCUACGAAUUGUUCGGAAUGUCCGAUAGGUAACCACUGCCCCAGUGUAUUCAGUCCUCCUCAGUCCUGCUCUGCUGGUCAGUACCAGAAUCUGACUGGGAUGACCGGUUGUCUGCUGUGUCCUGGCGGUCAUCAGUGUCCCGAGGGAGGCGCCAUUCCAGCUGAGUGUCCGACCGGUCACUACUCAAACCCUGGUGGCUCCAGCUGCACUCUCUGUCCUAUUGGUCACUACUGUCCCUAUGCGGGCAUGGCUGACCCGUUCUUGUGUCCGUCUGGUAGCUACCAAAUGACCACUGGUAGUAUGAAUUGUACUGAAUGCCCACAAGAUAACAAAUGCCCCAGCGUGGAUGCCUUGCCAGUACCUUGUGUGGCUGGUCAGUACCAAAACCAGUCCGGAAUGACGGCCUGUCUGGCUUGUCCAGGUGGAUACCAAUGUCCAACAGGAAGUAACUCCAUCCAGGAGUGCCCAAUGGGUCACUUUGCAUACCCAGGGAGCUCUAGCUGUACCAUAUGUCCUACUGGUCACUAUUGUCCAGAUGUGGGCGUGGUCCAGCCCAUCCAGUGUCCAGACGGUCACUAUCAGACGUCCACUGGGAGUGCAGCUUGUGUUGAGUGUCCACAGGGUCACAGGUGCCCCAGUAUCUAUUCCAUAGCAGUACCUUGUUCUGUCGGUCAGUACCAGAACCAGACCGGGAUGACCAGCUGUCUGCCCUGUCCCGCUGGUCACCAGUGUCCCGACGGGACCGCCUCCCCCACCAAAUGUCCAGUGGGUCAUUUUUCCGAGACUGGUAGCACUGAUUGCACUUCAUGUCCACUGGGUCACUACUGUCCAGAUAUGGGUAUGGUCCAGCCAGUCCAGUGUCCUAACGGUUACUAUCAGACGUCCACUGGUGGGAGCACCUGCAGCGAGUGCACCGCAGGUCACAGGUGCCCCAGUAUCUAUUCCACACCCGAGGCCUGCUCUACUGGUCAAUACCAGAACCAGACAGGAAUGACCAGUUGUCUCCCCUGUCCCGCUGGACAUAAGUGUCCAGUUGGAAGUAACCCACCAGUUGUGUGUCUGGCUGGUCAGUACGCGGAGGCAGGCAGCACCAGUUGUACCAACUGCCCUACUGGUCACUACUGUCCAGAUGUUGGUAUGAUCCAGCCUGUUCAGUGUCCAGAUGGUUACUACCAGACAACACUAGGUGGCACUAGUUGUACAACAUGCUCAGCAGGUCACAUGUGCCCCAGCAUCUACUCCCCUCCCAUACCCUGCUCCAGCGGUCAGUAUCAGAACGUCACAGGGAUGUCCAGCUGUCUCACAUGUCCAGGAGGUCACCAGUGUCCAUCGGGGAGUGGGUCGUCCAUUGCCUGUCUCCCGGGGAACUACGCCAAUCCAGGCAGUACCAGCUGUUCUAUGUGUCCUACUGGUCACUACUGUCCAGAUGUGGCCAUGGUCCAGCCUGUCCAAUGUGCAGACGGUCACUAUCUUACAAUGAUGGGGGGUACAAGUUGUACAGAAUGCCCAUCUGGUCACAGAUGUCCCAGUAUAUACUCGCCCCCAGAGGCCUGUCUCUCUGGUCAGUACCAGAACCAGACAGGAAUGACCAGUUGUCUCCCCUGUCCAGCUGGUCACAGAUGUCCAGUGGGAAGAAAUCCUCCAGAGAUAUGCCCAUCGGGGUACUAUGCCCAAACUGGCCAGUCCGUCUGUACCCACUGUCCUAGCGGUCACUACUGUCCAGAUGCCGGCAUGGGAGAGGCAGUCCAGUGCGCUGAUGGGUAUUAUCAAACAUCUCCCGGGAGCACCAUUUGUAUUGAAUGCUCAGUAGGUCACAGGUGCCCUAAUGUGUACAACAUGCCAGAGGCCUGUCUCUCUGGUCAGUACCAGAACAAGACCGGGAUGACCACAUGUCUGCCUUGUCCAGGGGGCCACAGAUGUCCAGUGGGCAGUAAUCCACCCCAGGAGUGUCCAGUUGGUCACUUUGCUAAUACAGGCAGUUCCAGUUGUACCCUGUGCUCUACUGGUCACUACUGUCCAGAUGUGGCCAUGGUCCAGCCUGUACAGUGUCCAGAUGGUUAUUAUCAGGUUAACCAGGGGAGGACGAGUUGUAAUGAAUGUCCUGUGGGUCACAGAUGCCCCAGUAUAUACAACACACCUGAAUCCUGCUCUGCUGGUCAGUACCAGAACAAGACCGGGAUGACCAGUUGUCUGCCCUGUCCAGGUGGACACAGGUGUCCAGUGGGCAGUAACCCACCUGAGGUAUGUCCAGUUGGUCACCAUGCUGACAUUGGGAGCGCCAGCUGUGACGCCUGUCCCCUGGGUCACUACUGUCCAGAUGUGGGUAUGGCCCAGGCUGUACUGUGUCCAGAUGGUUACUACCAGACAUCCACUGGGACAACUAGCUGUAAUGAAUGUCCAAUAGGUCACAGGUGCCCUAAUGUAUACUCACUUCCAGAGGCUUGUCUUGCUGGUCAGUAUCAGAACCAGACAGGAAUGACCGGUUGUCUCCCAUGUCCAGGGGGAUAUAAAUGCCCAGUAGGAAGUGAUCCACCCCAGAAAUGUCCAGUUGGUCACUAUGCUAAUACAGGCAGUUCCAGUUGUACCAUAUGUCCUCCUGGUUACUACUGUCCAGAGGUUGGUAUGGUCCAGCCUGUCCAGUGUCCAUCUGGUCAGUAUGAGUCAUCCACUGGGAGCACGGCAUGUACGGAGUGUCCCCAAGGUCACAGAUGCCCCAGUAUCUACUCCCCUCCAGAUCCCUGCCAGAAUGGUCAGUACCAGCUACUGUCAGGGAUGGCCAACUGCCUGCCUUGUCCUGGUGGACACCAGUGUCCAGUGGGGACUGACCCUCCCAUAGAGUGUCCAAUUGGCUACUUUGCCAGUACAGGCAGUUCCAGUUGCUCUUUAUGUCCUUCUGGUCACUACUGUCCAAAUACUGGACUGGACCAAGCUGUUCAGUGUCCAUCUGGACAUUUUCAGGCUAACACUGGGAAAACAAACUGUACUGAAUGUCCCAUUGGUCACAGGUGCCCCAGUAUCUACACAUUACCAGUCCCUUGUCUGUCUGGUCAGUACCAGAACCAAGCAGGAAUGACCACCUGUAUAGCAUGCCCAGGGGGACAGAAAUGUCCAGUUGGAAGUGAGCCCCCUAUCCAGUGUCCAGCGGGUUACUAUGCCAACAUAGGCAGCUCUUUGUGUACUAUCUGUCCCACUGGUCACUACUGUCCAGUUGCUGGCGGAAUUCAGCCGAUACAGUGUCCGUCUGGAUACUAUCAGCCUUACACGGGGAAAUUCAACUGCACAGAGUGUCCUAUAGGUCAUGGUUGUCCCAGCACCACAGAGUUUCCAGAGGCUUGUUCUGCAGGACAGUACCAGAACCAGACUGGCAUGACUGGCUGUAAACAGUGCCCAGAUGGCUAUUACCAGAUCUAUCCAGCAGAAGAAUACUGCAUAGAGUGUCCUGAAGGUCACAGCUGUGGCAGUCCUGAGGUGCUUCCUGCUGCCUGCCUCCCUGGACAAUACCAAAAUGACACUGGGAUGACUGGCUGUAAACAGUAUGGAGAACACUCCAAUGGCACCCACUGCCUCACCUGUCCAGUUGGCUACUACUGUCCACCUCUCAGCCCCAUACAGCUGUGUCCCCUGGGGGCGUACCAAGACCAGACAGGGCAGCCAUCUUGUAAGCUGUGUCCAGCUGGUCACUCAUGUGUGAAUGUCUCACUGCCGCCGUUACCUUGUACACCAGGGUUCUACAGCCAGUUUGUGCAGUAUGAUUGUGUGGCGUGUGAGACUGGUUAUUACAGCGCGGCCGCAGCAGGCAGCUGUAUGGAGUGUCCAGGGGGCCACUCGUGUUACGACGGCGCAAACUACACUCUGCCAACGCCGUGUGAUGUGGGGAUGUACAGCCCAGCAGGGGUCUCCACUUGUUCUUAUUGUGUGCCAGGUUCAUACAGCAACAUAGGGGGCACCACCUGUUCUCCAUGUCCAGUGGGACAUUACUGUCUUGAUCCUGUGAUACCUAAACCAUGUAGCGUAGGCAGCUACAGUGUGGGAGGCACAGUAUUACAUUGUACUGUAUGUCCCUCUGGAUUUGAGUGCAGUGACCCCGCGGCCAACCCCGUACCUUGUCCAUUUGGUACCUACUCCCUGUCCAACUCCACAGCAUGUACGGUUUGCCCCCAGGGGUUCUCCUGUCUGGACCCCAGGGAACCUCCACAGCUGUGUGAACAAGGAGCUUAUAGUAUGGAGGGUGAUGGUCAGUGCAGGCAGUGUCCAGCUGGCUACUCCUGUUCUCUGGACGGCACUGAGACCCCCUGUGACCUGGGCUAUUACAGCCUCGCGGGGGACUUCAACUGCACCCUCUGUCCCGUGGGCUCACACUGUCCAUCUCCUGACGUGGCCCCCAUAGAGUGUGACGUUGGUCAGCAUACCUUUGGUCAAGGAGGCCAGAGAGCUUGUGUGGACUGCUUACCUGGACAAGCCUGUUAUAAUACCAGAGUGCUCCCCUUCAACUGCAGUGCCGGGGAGUUCAGUGGUCUCCGGUCAUCUGCCUGUACCACGUGUCCAGCUGGCUAUAGUUGUGCUACUACAGUGUCCGUCCCGGCCCCCUGUCUCCCGGGGAUGUACUCCAUCAGUGGUCAGACGGCCUGCUCCUUCUGUCCAGCUGGUCAUGCCUGUCCUUCCACUUCUGAUGUGAACAGCUCUUAUGUCUGCCCUAGUGGCAGCUUUGCCUUAGCUAACAGUCCAAGCUGUACCACUUGUCCAGCAGGGAAAUACUGUCCAUCUAUCACCAUGGAUACCGUACUGGACUGUCCAGCAGGUACCUUCAGCCUCUCCGGACAGGACGUGUGUACGCCGUGUCCAGCAGGUUGGCAGUGUGCGGCAGUGGAUGGAACCCAGAACUCUGAAUGUUUGGAGGGGUUCUUUUCUGUAGGAAACCAAACUGCCUGCAUCCAAUGUCCUGCUGGUUUUGCAUGUCCAAGUACAUCAUCCAAUCAGAACUUCACCUGUCAUCCUGGCACUUACGCUGUGGCUGGUUCCACGGUCUGCACCUCGUGUGCUGCGGGUUACGAGUGCCCAGAUGUGGAGAGUCCACAGAGAGAGCCGUGUAAUUCAGGGUACUUCAGUAUCGGUUCCCAGGCAGCGUGUGAUGUGUGCCCUGCUGGCUUUGCUUGUUAUUCCUCUGCUAACAGAACACAGUGCAUGCUGGGUACCUACUCGCUGGCAGGUUCUGUCCACUGUACGCCCUGUGAAGCAGGCCUGCAGUGCCCGUACAUCAACCGGACUGGUGUAGAGUGUGAGGAUGGCUUCUACAGCCUGGGGGGUCAGUAUCAGUGUACCCCGUGUCCCCCGGGGUGGUAUUGUGCCCAGAAAGAUAUUCCACCUGUGAUCUGUCCACGAGGUACCUACAGCAGUAACUCCACUAUGGCGUGUAGCAGCUGUUCCGCAGGGUACACAUGUGGAGAGAACAGGAACAGCAGUGAACCACUGGAGGAUAUGUGUCCAAUAGUAUGGAGAACACUCCAAUGGUACCCACUGCCUCACCUGUCCAGUUGGCUACUACUGUCCACCUCUCAGCCCCAUCCAGCUGUGUCCCCUGGGGGCGUACCAAGACCAGACAGGGCAGCCAUCUUGUAA